UAACUGCAUGUAAUAAAUCGGUGUAGAAUUUCAAAAUAAAAGUCGUGAAUGUAGGUCAGUUUCAGCCUCUCCGUUAGCGCGUGUCAUCUUCUCACAGCGUGGUUGCUGUGGCUCUGACACAAAGACCUACGUGGUGGGAGGCUGGUCCUGGGCCUGGUGGCUCAUCUCAGACACCCAAAGGUUAACUCUGGAGAUCAUGACUCUGCAGCCCCGAUGUGAGGACGUGGAGACAGCAGAGGGUGUAGCCAUCACUGUCACAGGUGUGGCUCAGGUCAAAGUCAUGACGGAGCACGACCUGCUGGCGGUGGCUUGUGAACAGUUUCUGGGUAAAUCAGUGAUUGAGAUCAAAACUGUGGUUCUGCAGACUUUGGAGGGACACCUGCGCUCCAUCCUCGGUACUCUGACCGUGGAGCAGAUCUAUCAGGACAGGGACCAGUUUGCCAAACUGGUGCGGGAGGUAGCAGCUCCAGAUGUGGGCAGGAUGGGCAUCGAGAUUCUCAGCUUUACCAUCAAGGAUGUGUACGAUAAACUGGAUUACCUGAGCUCCCUCGGGAAGACGCAGACCGCCGCCGUCCAGAGAGACGCAGACAUCGGCGUGGCUGAAGCAGAGAGGGAUGCUGGGAUACGGGAAGCCGAGUGUAAGAAGGAGAUGAUGGACGUCAAGUUCCUGGCCGACACCAAGAUGGCCGACUCCAAACGGGAGCUGGAGCUGCAGAAAGCUAGUUUCAACCAGGAAGUCAACACCAAGAAAGCCGAGGCUCAGCUGGCGUACGAGCUGCAGGCGGCCAAGGAGCAGCAGAAGAUCCGUCUGGAGGAGAUCGAGAUCCAGGUGGUGCAGCGGAAGAAGGAGAUCACCAUCGAGGAGAAGGAGGUCGCCCGCACAGACAGGGAGCUCAUCGCCACCGUCAAGAGGCCCGCCGAGGCCGAGGCCUACAAAAUGCAGCAGCUGGCCGAGGGGCAGAAGAUGAAGACGGUGCUGAUGGCUCAGGCUGAGGCGGAGAAGAUCAGGAAGAUCGGUGAGGCGGAGGCUUGCUCCAUCGAGGCUGUGGGCAAGGCAGAGGCUGAGAAGAUGAGACUGAAGGCCGAGGCCUACCAGCAGUACGGAGAAGCAGCGAAGACGGCGCUGGUCCUCGAGGCCCUGCCAAAGCUCGCUUCCAAGGUGGCGGCGCCAUUAGCCAAGACCAACGAGAUCGUCAUCCUCAGCGGGGAGGGCGGCCGCGUGACGGGCGAGGUGAACCGCCUCCUGGCUGAACUUCCCGUGUCUGUCAACGCUCUGACUGGAGUGGACCUGUCAAAGAUCCCGUUGCUGCAGAAGAUGACUGGUGCUCAAGCCUGAACGCCGUCGACUCCACAUGACUUCAGUAUCUGUUGUAUGCACUCUGAUGGACUGCCUUUAAUACACUUGAAGACUUUAGUUGUUUUAUACGUACACUGCAUACCAAGUGAAUUUUGGAAACCUCUGGUGCCUUACUUUAUACAGGACCAGAACAUCUGCAUGCACUGCUGCUCAUUCAAAGACGUUUGAUUUAGUUUUCACAUAUUUUGUGUUGUGUUAGAUUUGUCUUUUAUACGAACUGUCGUUGAAGAGGAGAGCCCAGAUUAGACCUGUUGGCUCAGGAGACGAGGUCACGUGACCUGACGGCUGGCGUUAACGCCUCUUCUUUGGUAUUUCUCCAUCGGGGCGCUGCUUUUUCAUAGACGAGGCCUCUGUCGUCACUUCUUACCAUCGUAUGCUGCAGGCCUGUUAGUUGAUUUAAAUACCUCUUUAUUUAUUGUUGGCACAUCUGCAUUCCCUCAAUAAUCUGAAUCUUUUGUAGUUGUUUGUAAUCAUAGAGCGUUCUUUUAUCGUACAUGUUGUAAUUCUGAACUCUCAGAUGUUAUUCAGGUUAUUUUCUGAUUGAUUUAUUUCGAUGUAACGGGUGCUCACACAGCUUAAAACAAGCUCCUUUCAUUCCGAGUUGAAUUGUUAUUUAUGAAAUGAUCCACGAUUGAUAUCUGGAAUGAUUUAUUUUCAUUAUUAUUUAUACGCUGGCAGGAAGCAAAUUCUGAUUUUGUGCUGAUAUGGUUAGCUUGUAAUGUGGUCCUUUUAAUAUUUAUUGUGGGUUUUAAUGUCAAAUGUUCGUAGUUUUGGCCUUCAUCCAGUUUAAAGAUAGUCGGUGUUAAAAGGAAGAUGAAGCAAAGUGUAAAAAUGAUCGGCCGGUGUUUUGUGAUGAAAUCAGUUUGAAAUGUGGACGAAGCUUCACGUGAGUCUAAAAAUGAAAGGCCAGACAGUGAUGCCAAAUAAAGUAGAUCGUCUUUAUGUUUUAUUAUAUGAGAAGGAGGCUGCAUAGUUUCUCUGCUUACUUUCAUACUACAAAUAUCUGUAGACGCUAAGCCAUGUUUGACAGGGAGUGUCAACAAACCAAACUUUUACACUUUCCACAGAAACACACUUUCUGUUUGUUUUAAUAACUGUGACAUCAAAAUGUUUUAGUCGAGUUUAACUUAUGAAACGAUGUUUUAUCUGUUCAGUGAUUUUGCUGUUUGUAAAUGGUCACAAUGCUUUCUGUUGUUUUGGGUCGGAUGCACUAGACGUUAAGCUGCAAUGAUCUAAUGCACUGUUAGAUGUCUUUAGGAUAGACUAGGGGCAGGUUGAAUUAUUUUCUUUUGUGAUUUUAUGUGACAAAUACGUUUUAAUUAUUGGACAUAACAGAUUGUGAAAUAUUCCAUCCACUGAGUUCUGGGAACCAGAAGCUGCACUCAGCCUAAACUAGUUUAACUCUCGUGUCAUAUCUCAUGAAGAAACACAGAAUUCACAAAGGACUGUUAUUAUUACUGUUAUUAUAUAGUUUCUGCUUGAUUUCUGUUUUGUGUUAUUCUUUGCUGACGUAGUUUUGAUCAGUUCAGCUUCACGUGUCUCGCUGUAUAUACGAUGUUAUUUACAACACGCACACUGUGUCCAACAGCCAUGAGUUCCUGUAUGCUCUUGCUGCAUGUCAUCUGUCUGUACUCGAGUAAUCAGUUCACCCUUAGAUAAUUGUCAUUCUAAUAAAUUAAAACGCCAUAACUGA